UACGCCGCCGUCGCUUCCUGCGCCGCGGCGCCCCGCUUCCGCCAGCGGCCCCGGCCCCGGCCUCCGCGCCCGCAGCCCUCCGCCCGGCCCGGCGGCGCUGCGGGGUCGCGGGCGGCCUCCUGCGGCCCUUCCCCGGGAGCGCGGGGGGCGAGGGCCGCGGCGUCGCGUUUUUAUGGGGCGAGAAGCUCGCGCGGACCGGGUGAGAACAGAGUCAGCUCUCAUUCAUUCAUUUAUUUAUUUAUUUAUUUAUUGCCGGCCCCUGACUCAGUGAGGAGGGGAGGCGCUCCCGGCCCCAGAGCGCAGCGGCGCCACACCCUGCCGCAGCCCCCCGCCCCUCGGCGGCGCGAGCGCCCCCGGCCCCGCCCCCCGCCGGGCUGCGCCGCCGUGGCCCCGCCCCCCGGCGCGCCGAGGUGCCCGGAGCCCCGCCCCCGCGGUCGGGUCGUAGCGCGGCGGCGCGGUAGCGGCGCGCAGGCGCGGUAGCGGCGGGCCGGAAGUGUGCCUGGCGUGCGGGGCCGGCCGCGGGGGGGGCGCGCUCCCGCCCCCGCCCUGCCUGCGCGCCCGCCUGCCGCGCGCGCCGCGGCCCCGGCACGAUGCUGCCCCUCUCCAUCAAGGACGACGAGUACAAGCCGCCCAAGCUGAACCUGCUGCGCAAGGUCUCGGGCUGGUUCAGGUCCAUCCUGGCGGACAGGACCUCCCGCAACCUCUUCUUCUUCCUCUGCCUCAACCUCUCCUUCGCCUUCGUGGAGCUGCUCUACGGCAUCUGGAGUAACAGUUUAGGUCUAAUAUCAGAUUCUUUUCAUAUGUUUUUUGACUGCACUGCUCUUUUGGCUGGAUUAGCAGCUUCAGUUAUUUCAAAGUGGAGGUCAAAUGAUGCUUUCUCAUAUGGGUAUGUUCGAGCAGAAGUACUUGCUGGUUUUGUAAAUGGUUUAUUCCUCAUCUUUACAGCAUUCUUUAUUUUUUCUGAAGGUGUUGAGAGAGCGUUGGAGCCUCCUGAUGUGCAUCAUGAGAGACUUCUUCCUGUUUCUGUAUUAGGAUUCAUCGUAAAUCUUAUAGGAAUAUUUGUUUUUCAACAUGGAGGUCAUGGGCAUUCACAUGGUUCUGGGCAUGAACACAGCCAUUCUCUAUUUAAUGGUGGUCUCAGCCAUGGACAUAGUCAUGGAGGUCAUGGUCACAGCCAUGAACAUAAACACGGCCAUGGACACACUCAUGAUCAUGGCCAUAGUCAUGGACACUCUCAUAGUCGGGAUUAUUGUCAUGAUGACCAUUCUCUCGAAGGGACAGCUGGAUCCAGCAAACAGAUUUUACAAGGUGUAUUUCUACACAUUGUUGCGGACACACUUGGAAGUAUUGGUGUAAUCAUAUCUGCUAUACUGAUGCAGAACUACGGUCUAAUGAUAGCAGAUCCUAUUUGUUCAAUGCUGAUAGCACUACUUAUAGGUGUAAGUGUUGUUCCACUUUUAAAAGAAUCCAUUGGCAUUUUGAUGCAGCGAACUCCUCCUUCCCUGGAAAAUGCUCUGCCUCAGUGCUAUCAGAGGGUGCAACAGUUGCAAGGAGUUUACAGUUUACAUGAUCCGCAUUUCUGGACCCUCUGUACAGAUGUUUACAUAGGGACUCUGAAACUACUAGUAGCUCCUGAUGCUGAUGCAAGGUGGAUUCUAAGCCAGACUCACAAUAUUUUUACUCAGGCGGGAGUAAGACAGCUUUACGUACAGAUAGAUGUUGCAGCCAUGUAGUCAAUUUCUAAACUGUGCUGUCGGACCAAAGUUUUCUGUACUGUAUAUACUUCUCAAGACAGUUGCCUCCACCACUGUUCCGGAAUUGACUGAAUAGACUUCUGCUAGACUUGGGCUACUGAUGGAGUUCACUUCUAAGGAGUAAAUAUUGAAUGAAUGUCAUGGACUUUGGGUCUUGUCUUUUUGUGGCCCCUAAACUUGUAAGUUUUUGUGGGUUAGCUUUUUUCUUUUUUUUUUUCUCCUUACUACAUUUGUUCCAAUAGGAAACUAACAUUGUGGUACUGUCAUGUCUUCAGUGAAGCUGCUGAAACCACUGCUCAUUCCCAUAAAACCAGUGUUAUCAAAAAUUGGAAACUUGUUUUGUACAUAAUGUCACAAUGGCUGACAUGCUUUAAUAUAAUUCUAUGUUUGUACAAUUGUUUGUACUUUGCAAACUUAAUGAACCAAACCAUAUUGGGUUUUCAAAGUGCCUUUUAUAUCAGAAGUAUUUGCCAGCAUAGAUAUGGAACAUUGGAGGGUUUCAUUACUUUUACAAACAUAUCUUGUAUGCAGUCUGAUAUUUACUAGUGAUGUAUGUGGGGUUUUUGUGUACUUACAUAGCUGUAGAUGUUAGACUUCCCUUAUGCUUGUGUCUUACCAAACAAACAGAAAAAUGCUAAAUGUAAAAGGCAAAGCUAUCAUGAAGAGACUUGUUUCCAAAACAAGCUGGAUACUUCGUUGUAUGUCUGUUGUGGAAAUCAUUUUAGUCAAAGUAUUAGACCUCAAUCCUAUUCUUAAGUCUCUUUAUACUGUUACAGUAAUGAAACAUUACAUGAUGCUACCCAUGUUCAUAGUCACCAAAAGACCAGGCAGCUGAGGUAAGAUGCUGGUGGCAGAAGCAAUGCCUGAAGCUUUUUAUCUUCCACGUUGUGCAGGGAAAAGAAAAGAAUUAAAUCACUAAGUUGUUUGAAAACUUAGUCUCCUCAAUUUUAAUAGACUGUAGAAAUUCUUACUAGAGAUUAGUGAGAUAACUAUUGCCCUUCCAAAUACUGAAAAUAGGUGUUCCUAGUGGUUAUACCUGAAAUGGAAAUAAGGACCACUUUUCAUUUAAAAUUAUGCUUUUUCCAAGUUGACAAGUCUGAUAUUUUUGAUUUUGUCUGUCCCACCGUAACCUUGUAUGUUUUCAUCAAAACUAGUUUUUCUCAAUGCAGUAAAUUUUUUUCCAGAAACAUUAGUCAAUCAUAUUUUUCUAGCAUUUACUUUCACUUUAUAUUUUCAGAUUUGAGUGGUGUUUUCAAAGACAAUCUGCUAGACUUGGUAUUACAGCUAAUGAUUCUUUGAAAUUGUAGUAGUUAACUUGGUAAUGGAAGAUUUUAGAAACAGACACUUUACAAACAGAACAUUGUGGAGUAAAACAAGAUGAAAGCAUUCUUAUGAAAAAUCAUAGCUGCUACUGAUUGGUGUGGAUUUUAGGUAUUCUUUUGGUACUUGAUAUGGGGAAAUACUGAAAUCAGGGCCCUCUGAAGCUGAUAAUGUCUGUGUAGUAAGUGCUAGGUACUAUGAAAAUAUCUAAGAUUCAUUUGCAGAAAUAGUUCGUCUGCUACUGCGAUAUUGCUGAAAUUAUGAUGGAGAAGAGCUGUUUCUUGCAUUCGUUUUUGUCGCUCCUAUAUGGUAUCCAAAUUCUGAUCUCUUUUCACAUGAAAAUGCUGAUCAUUGCUAAAUUGAUACCUGGUACCUGAAUUCAGCCUAUGAGAUGCAGGAAUGUGAUUGUUCAUUCUGUACAAAGCUUGGGUUUGUUCACUUUAGCUUGCAACUGGAACUGAAAAUUGGAUGUAAAGAACAGUAAAAAGCCACAUACCACUUUGAAGCUUUACAGUCCCCUUCUCCCAGGCACAUCCCAGUCUUCAGACCCUUCUUUAUCCCUGUUACUGGUUUCUGACCCUAUUCAGUUCUCCUGGGAAUGCAGCUGCGCUGUUCCGUAUCCCUCUCCUCAGGCCUCCUGCAUGGCAGCCCUGUCCAGCUCGCUCCAGCGCUCGCCUUGCUCACGCUGUGCCAGGCCGGCAGUUCUGCAGUGGGGGACGGCGUCUGGAGGCUACGUGGGCACGGAGGGAAGAAGGGAGGUUGUCAGAAUCCACUGACCAAAUCUGGAUAUUAAUUCAAGAUAUAAUUUGUGUAUCUGAUCACAGAAAAGAUAGUUAAAAGACAAAGCUGUGAUAAUAAGUGCCAAGACCCUUCACACUGUUUUUGUAGUAUGUUACAGGCUUCUUGUUUGUUGGUGGCAUGAUUUCUUGAUUUUUUUUUUUUUUUAUAUGUAAUAUUACUACUAUCUGAGGCUACAGUGUAUCAACAGAAAUCAUUUUAAAAGCAAGCGCUAUCCAACUUUGUAGCAAUUGUGUCAUGAUUCAAGAGCCCUCUUUGGUUUAAAUCAUUUUUGUAGCAGUGCAGUGUCUUAUUUCAGGUCUAGGCUUUCUAAAGUACUGUAGUGCCACCUAAGUUGUUAGGCCUGGCCACUGUUUGACUUUUCUCAAUGAAAAGACAGUUGCUGUGAUUUACUCUAAGUCUCCAAGUGAGAAUCUGCCUGGGUUGUAGUUGGGUUUUGUUAAGAUGUAAAUUUACAGACUUUUAAAAUACAACAAAUGGAGUGAAAAAGCUUAUAAGCUGGUUACAAUCACAAAAAUUAGUUUUAAUCAUGUUUUGAAGUCUUUGUAUUGCUUAUGAGGAUUUCUUAUCUGACUGUUGGAAACACACACAUGCAGGUCUGGAUUUUCUAACCAAGAUAGUGUAGAAACAUCAAGUCAUCCUUAAAAGUAAUGAAGCAAGCAUGAAGAUAUGUAUUGUUUGUUAAAUAUAAUUUUGAGGGUCAUAUAGGGAAGCCAGUUUCAAAGUAGACUUAGCCUUUUUAGCCUUUCUGAAAAAGAUAAGCAUCAAUAGAUUCUACAAAAGGCAGUAGAUAUAUCUAAUAAUUAAAUAUAAUUAUAUCCAGAAUGUCAAUAAGCAGGGUGACAUCUGAUUUUUUUUCACCUACUUGCUUUGGUUUUAGGAGACUACAAAUCAUGCAAUUGAAAGUGAAACCUUUCAUAUCUUGAACAUUAUUUUGUGUUUUGCUAACUAUGUAAUACUUUGCUUAUUAUAAAACAGUUUGCCUUUAACAUGUUAAUGGAGAAGCCUACCUUUUUUUUUUUUUUUUUUUUUUUUUUUUUUUUUUUUUUAGGACAAAAACAUAGAUUUGUAUGAAUGACUAACAUCCAAUGAUGGAUGAAUGCCUGCAGAUAAUCUGCUAAAACUGACUUUUCUGAUACAGGUACUAGAUUUUGAACUAAGUUUUCCAAAUACUCUUUUCUUUUGGUGUUAUAGAUUACCUGCCAUAGGGUUACGGGUCUGUAUAAAUGGUUUUCUUCUGUGACUGAAGACAGCAACUUACAACCAUACUGUUCCAAAGGCUAAGUCUGCAAACUGCAUGCUUUUUUCAGGAACUGCUGCAAAAUGUUAUUUCACUUUUCUAAGCAGCAACCUGUGGAAGUCUUAGCUGCAUUUCUGGAGAGUUUAAAAAAAGAAAAAAACCACUGUAGUGUUCUGUACUUAAAAUGCCCCAAAUGUUUGGCAUGCUAAAUAACGGUGGAAGAAAACUGCUCUUCUCCUUAGGAGUAUACAUAGUAAAAACCGAUCCUUUGUAGGCUAAUCCUGAAAACUUAUCCUUAUGGAUAAGACUUGUUCUUUAUACAAAUAAGGCCCAGAUAAAGAGCUAGACUACUUACGUGAUUUACUAAACAAAUGCAAAAAGUGCUGGUCCAAAUAAAUGACUGCUUUUUAUGGACUCUUGUUCACUGAAACUAAAGUUUAAUCUCAUCACUUGUAAGAGCCAAUGACAAUACCCAUUGUGAUAUUCUAAACUUGAACUUUCUAGCUGUGUUACAAGUGGUUCUUGUCUUUACAUACAGAUUGAAACAACUUCUACUAAUAAAAUGGACCUUAGUGAGUUUUAA